CAGAGCUCGUGAUUUCCGUCGCCAGAUUGUGGAAUCAGCGUUUCGUUCUGUGGUGAAGUGUACGGUGGAUUCUGUUUGUCAUUAUUUGAUCGCUUCGCGUAGUAUUUGUCGACCAUGAGGCAGUUGAAGUAUCACGAAAAGAAGUUGUUGAAAAAAGUAGAUUUUUUCGCUUGGGAAGCGGAUAACAAUCUUCAUGAAAUAAAGAUUUUAAGGAAAUAUAGGAUACAAAAACGAGAAGAUUACACGUCAUAUAACAAAUUGAGUCGGCAUGUGCGAUCGAUAGCGCGCAAACUAAGAGAUCUCGAAACCGAUGAUCCUUUUAGAGAAAGAUGUACUGCAAAAUUAUUAGAUAAACUUUAUAGAAUGGGAUUAAUUCCUACGAAAGAGUCACUGGCAUUGGUGGACAAAAUAACGGCGUCUACAUUUUGCAGGCGACGUUUACCUGUCAUGCUCGUUAAGUUGCGCAUGUCGCAGAAUUUGAAAAUGGCCACGGAAUUGAUUGAGCAAGGACAUAUCAGAAUUGGAACAGAUGUUGUAACAGAUCCUGCAUAUUUCGUCACUAGAACUAUGGAAGAUUUUAUAACAUGGAAAUCGACGUCUAAAAUACGAAAGCACAUUAUGGAAUUUAAUGACGAAAGGGAUGACUAUGAUUUUGCAUAAUAUGACUGAAAUGUGUUAGAACCUUCAAUACUCUCUUGUGUUGGUGCAUCAACUCUAACACAGAACGGGGGUGCAAGAUUUUCUGUGAUGAUUUUUCAUUUACAAAGCUUUUUUUGCAGCAUUGGAAGCAUUUAUAUUGAUUAUAACAAUAAUUUAUUUAUCAAUGUAAUGUUUCAAUUAUUUGCAAAAUUUCUAGAUAUAUUAAUGCCAUUGUCAAGCAUUACUUUUUGGAGACUGAAUAUUGUUUGCCACAAACAUAUGUAAAAACAUUGUACACAAAAACUCAACGAUUAAAUUAUUGUAGAAUGCGUUAUCAAAAUGUAGUUUUUUUGUUUUACACUAAAAUAGUAGCUGAAAGUAAUAUUGCAAAAUCAUAUUUUGAGUUUUUGUAAUAAUAGAAUAAAAUAGGUAUUUUGGGAUUUGAACGCCAUUUUUAACUACAAAUAUGCUCGAAAGAAGUGCUCUACUCUGUUGUAUUACAGAUCCUUCAGCCGCUAUUUUUAUUGUGGGGUUCUUCAAAUUCAAGUACUGACUCGUGUUAAUAAUGGUCUGAAUCGAUAUGCGUUAAUUGAUUUAGAAAAUUACUUUAAACUUUUGAUCAAUAUUUGUUUAG